UGCCUCCUCUUGCAGUGAUGGAAAUCUGUCAUAUCACGUAUUCUUCUCUAGGUGUCAGUUCAAAUACUCGACAGAGAAGGUUUGAGAAAUAGGUUGCAUAUCAGGGGGUGGUGUGGUGUAUUUCUUCAGUGUAAACUGUUUUCAGGCACUGAGCUUUGUCAGAUGUUUAGGAGUCCUGAGCUGGAUGAACUAUUAUUACAGAUACUUAGAGUGGUAGGCUUUCUUUAAUAUCUACAGGCAGAGAUUGAAUUCAUCUGUGUAACUGUAUAGUGUAAAAACACUAUGAAACUUCUGUAUAGUCUUGUGAUAUGAAUGUUGAUUUUUGUGUAUUUAUUUUUCUGUCAUGAGGGAAUUAGCUCUCCAACGAAUAUUCCCACAAAUGUUGUUCCUUUAGAGAAAUACAUGUGUGCACUACCUUUGUAGGUUAUAUUUCUUGAAAAUCUUCCUUGUUUUGCUUGUAGCUUUCAGUGUGUAUUUUGUAUUAUGCUGGGUGACUGGAUGUUGCUAGUGGGAUAGCCCCACCUUCUGGUUAAUCCUUCAGUGAAAUCAUAAUUGAGACGGAAGAGUUUUUCUGGAAAUUAUAUCUCAUGCUAUGUGUUGUGAGUGCAAGUCUGUGUUGGAAUAUUUUUUUAUUUCUUGGGUGGAAGAGGGGCAAGACAAUCUCUUUUUAUGGAGAUGUUCUUAUUUACCAUUAAAAUAAUUUUAACACAUAGUUUCUGAUGUUUCAGUUCACUACUGGGAAUUUUUUUUUAUGCCAGCAUAAAUUAAGGGAAGUACUUUUUUUAUUUUAAGCUUCAAAAAAAGUAUUUUUAUUUUUUUCAGAAAGCAAGGAAAUGAUACUAAACCAAGGAGUAGUCUUGGUGUGUGAAGUGACACCUGAUCUAUGUGUGAAAUGAUACCUGAUCUCAGGCUUAACUUUCAGUUUAGGUGUUGGAGGUGACAGUGCUCAUAUUUUAGGUUUCAUGUUCAGGAAGUUCACAGAUCGUCUUCCAACUACAAGCUUUUGAACUUGAAAAAUAUUCAGGUUUCUUGGUAGAAGAUUUAUAUUGGUUAGCUUACUGCUGCUGGGAGCAAAUUCACUGAAAUUAUGUGUUAGAAGCUACAAUUAAAAGGGAAAAAAUCAGGAGAAGGGCUCUCUGAAGUCCUCUUGGCUUACAGAAGGAGAUUGCUAUUUCACCUCAUUUUUAGCUUUUAGUUUAGGAAAGGUGUUCAGCUUGUCACUCAACAGCUUGUCAGCAGUGUGUCUUAUGAUUAGAGACUUCACAGUCUUUAAAAUUUAUGAUGAUACUCUGCUAGACAUAGCUGGGGAUCACUUGUUUUUUGGCUCUCAGUGUGUUAUUUGAAACAUCUUUAAUUCCUGUUAUCUGUGAGCUGUGUGCUCUUAGGAUAUUGCUCCUAUGAUACAAAUUGCUAAUGUCUGAAAGAACUGAAUGCUGCUUGAGUCACCUUGACUCUGGAAUAUAACUGCAGUAAUUGAAAUGUUGAAACUCCUUAAACAACAUAGGCGGGAAGUCAAUUUUCUUGGAGUGAGUGUGAGUGUGCUGAACAGGGCAGCUGCUUGUGUGAGUGCAUAGGAGGGAUUUAUAAUGGCAGUGUGUCUCUGGGUAUGUUUUCAGGUCCUGCCACUCUCCACAGCUUAACUGUCCAAUAUCCUGUGCUACGCAUCAAGAAGAUUAUGAACUGUCCAGUGUGUGGCCUGGAUACAUGGAUGAUUCAGCAUUGUUUACAUUUGAAAAUACAGUUUUGUAACAGUUAAGCAUAGAAAGACUGGAAGUAGUGGGGAGGAGUGGAGCACCCAAACAUCCUUCCUCUUUUUUGCAACAACCGCAAAGGUGACAGUCCUAAAACAUUCAAUGCAUUACAAGGCACAUAUACGUUUUCACUACAACUUCUGUACAACUUAAAAUUUAUGAGAAACAGAAUGUCCAGGCUUUUGCAUACUGGAGGUAGGCAAUACUGUUUUAAUUGCUCCAAGUAUAAUUCAUAAGCAAAACGAUCAAAAUUAAGAUUUUAAAAGUGAGAACAGUUGCUGAGAGUAUUAUGGGUUGUGGUGAUUGUGUUUCUGUGCACUAAAGAGGUUGAAGGGCUUGAAGGUAUUUGAAUAGAUAAAUCUGCAACAUAGAACCAUGGAUUUUUUUUUCUUUUCUUUUUUUUUCGUCUAGAUUAAAACCAGGAUUGAGGGUUUGCUUUAACUCAUUUAGAACUAGCAAGUUUAGAUGUUUGGGUUGAUUUUUUUACAGGCUGACCUUAACCAUCGAGACAGUGUAAACCAAAGGAGCAGUCACUGGGUUAGGUGCUGGAAAGCACCUCUGACAUUUCCCACUGUAUUAAUGGAGCAUUUCCAAGAGCUGGCUAAAGUUACAAGGUUUCCAGUUCUUGUUCAGUUUCUGGUGUAGGGAAAUGCUUAAUUUCUGCUAUGAUUGUCCUUUUCCUUCUGGCUAUUUUUGUUGCUCCCUUCUCCCUCCCUGUGCCAUUCACUUUCUACCUGAUGAAAGGGUUAUGCUAGUGGGGUAAGAAGUAGCUGACUUCUGCAGUAUUUUUGUCAGCUUAAAUCAUGUCAGCUUUGAACGUGAUCCCAUGUGACCCUGGUGAUAGCAAGUUUGUCAUAUCUUGAAGUAAUCUUAUGCUUGCAAUGCCAGUAACUUUCUAGGAGCUUCUUUCCAGGCAAGAAAUGAAGUACUAUUUUUUAUUUUGCCUUUUCUUGGCCAAUGCUUUUCUUUCUUUCAUAAUCAUUAUUGGGUAUUUACAGCUUUUUUGGCUACAUGUGUCAGGCCUUCUUUUUACAGUUAAGUGGACUGGUGGUAAUGGCUGCGUGACAUAGUUGGCAAGCUGCUGUAAAGGACUUUGCUGCUUCAGUCUUCUGUGAAGCUUUAUGUAUGUCGUUUUGAAUGUCUGAUUGUAUGUUGCAGUUUACCUAGUCACGUCAAAAAGUCAGCAGUUUGCUAUAAUGCAGCAAUGGGUGAGCUAAUCAGCUGACUUUUUUGUUCCCUACUAUAAAUAUUUAUAGCAAACGGUACAAGGGAAAGGCAUAGCUGAUUUUCAGAAGUAUUUUUUCUUUGACUGGUAAAGGUUGUUAGUCUUUUCAUUUUGUUUUGGAUUUAAAAAUUAGACUCUCUUUGACCAAAAACUUCAGAUUUUUUUUUCUACUUAGAAGUGUUGGGUAGAUUUAGUCAUUAGAUGAAGGACUACUUUCUACCCUUUCCACAUAAAGUCUUGCAAUUAUGUCUGGAGGAACAGUAUCUCUAGUUUUUCUACUAUCUUGAACAAAAUUCUUUUCAUAGAAGAAAUACUUCUAAUGUACCUUUAGGGAUAUUAUAAUAUUUUGAUGGCAGUAAAAGUUUUUUGUAUGGCUGCAUGUUAAAGUAUUAGGAAGCAAUAACUGUUUAGUGUGUAUUCAAAGCCAUUCCAUCCUACUUUAGAAUUUAAUUAAAGAAAUAGCUGAUUCUGAAAAUUGUCUCCCUCUGGCCUAUUGACUAGGACUUUAAUUCCUAUGAAACUUCCUAUGAAAAGUAAGAUUUGUCCUGGAGUAGGAAGUCUAUGUUUUUGUUUUCCAGUUCUUGUAGAAGAAGGUUCAGGAACUGGGCUAGGAAUAGUCAACUUCAGAAAACAAAUUUUCACUACCACAUCAGUUAUAGUUAUUUAUGUAUAUGGUUCUGUUUACUAGAUUGUGGUUGAGUAUGAUGUAGUGUUUACCAACUUGAAACUUAGUUGUAAAGCUUGAAGGAUUUCCCCAGGUUUUCAAUCACUAGAGUUUUGAGUUGGUUUAUAGGUAACCAAAACAUGUAUGUAUUGGAUUAAACUUUCAGGAUUCAAAGCAGUUUGUAUAAAUAACUCUGGCAUCCCCAAUUAGCCUGUGAGAUUUUUUAUUCCAACAUUAGAUCUUAUGUUUUUAUUAGGGAAAUUUUUCACAUCUGAUAACCUUGCUGAUUUGUAUGACUUUAAAAUAGAACUGCUUUCCCUGAAAAAAAGCAUAAACAACCAGUUUUUUGAAAAGAUACUUGUGGAAGUUGUCGCUUGGGAUGCUGAACUGGAAAACAAUAUGUCAUGCGUGAAAGAGUAAAAGAUUAAAUAGCCAGAGGCACUACUUAAGGUAUAAUUGCUAAGCCUUUUGCAAAGGGCCAGUCCUCCUUAAGGUACAGGAGGAUGAGAUGGUAGAGGCAGCAUUACUGUAUCAGUAGCAGUGGCCAGUUCUUACUGCUGUCAAAGGAUGAGCAUUCUGCUGUCCUGGUGAAUGUUUUUUUGUAUAAUGUCAAGUAAUAUACUGCUGUUUUCCAUAUUGUGUGGGGUAUUCAUGUGGUUUUGCCACAUUUAGAAUGCUGGUUGUCACGGUGUUUUGCUCUCUGCAAGCUUUUUGGAUAGGUUGCUUUUGGUACUGAGACAGUGGCUGUUGCUGUCACAUGUUGCUGCUUAUUCUAAAUUUUGAACACAGACCUUAUUCCUGCAAGUGUAAAUGUGCUUAGGUAAAUAGUUCCUGCAAAUACUUUGCUGCUAUGUUUAAAAAUGUAAAUCAUAAGUAGUAUUUUGGAAUUAAGAUAGCCUACAGAAUGAAGAGUACAGAAGUCUUUUUAGAUGGUUUUGUUUAAACAGACUCACAAGUACCUUGAAAAAGAAUGUUUUUGACCUAUGAACAGCUUCUGAGACUAGGGUAUGUGAAAUGAAAGGUCAGUUUGCUUCUGGUUUAAUCUGUACUGGACUGGGGGAACCCCCUCACAGUAAAGAAUUUCUUCCUCACAUCUAACCUAAACAGUUUAAAGUUAUUGCUUCUUGUACUACCACUACAUGCCCUUGUAAAAAGUCCCUUUCCAGCUCUUUUGGAGGCCCCCUCUAGGUACUGGAAAGCUACUAUAAGGUAUCCCCAGAGCCUUUUCAUCUUCAGGCUGAACAGUCCCAAUUCGUGUAGCUUGUCUUCAUAGGAGAGUUGUUCCAUUACCCCAGUCAUUUUUAUUGCCCUGCUCUGGACUUGCUUCAGGAAGUCCACAUCCCAGUUAUGUUGAGAGCCCCAGAACUUACAUCAGUAAAAUUUCCUCUGAAUCCUGUUACAAUGUCUGACCAGAAUUAUUACUGCCUUGAAGAGGCUGAGUGUCUGGGUGUCCAUCUAAUACAGGUAUGUCAAUAUAGUGUUCAGGAAGAUGGUGUCCUUACAAGUCCUCUGUAGUCUAACAGGCACUCACAGCAAUGCCUAAUAGUCAUGUCCAAAUAUGAGGUCUGAAUGAAAUGGUACAAGUUCAUUUCUUUAGCCAUUAUUUUGAGCAAAAGAAAAUUGCUUUGUGAUAGUGCUUGCCAUUUUGUGCAGUAGUUUCGUGGUUAGAAUAUUUAUCCAAGAAGUAGGAGACUCUGUUCCAUGCUAUUCUGUUACGUUUUGGCAAAUGUGAAAACUUUAUAUGGAAGGUAACUGUAGGAGGGGUUAUACUCUUCCCUUUUGCAUGAACCUUGCCAAUGUCAAAAUUUCAUAGCAUUGAAAAGGUGGAUCAGCGAGAAGGUGAGUCAGUGGCUCAGUGACACCGAAUUGACCUUGGAGUGAGGCAAUUAUAUGCUUUUCUGAAGAGAAAGGAAGAGGUGAAAAUUAUAUAUAAUUUCUUGCAGUCCAUUUAAUUUGUUGUACUGUUGGUAGCACUAUUACAGUGAAUGCAGCUUUCUGAUUUGGAACUUCACGCAUCUGGAGAAAUUUCCCGUGAAGACGCUGCCUGUUUCCACUGUGUAGGUGAGAGGAUUCACAGGCAAUGUGAAAAGGCAGAGGGAGAUUGCAGAGAAUCGAGCAUAUCCUAGCUUGGAAUUUUAACUAGUCAACACUUCUUUCUUUCUUCUGCUCCCCUUCAACUUGAGGUGCUUUUAUUCAGUUAUUGUUGUUGUUCCUUUAAAAGCAAAACUGCUACUAGUUUUUCCUCUGCUCGACUACCACUCUCAGGCAAGUGGUAUUAAAUUUAAAAUGUAUAUUUAAAUUGAGACUCAUUCACCUUGUGCCUUUACCUUUCUAUCAAUCCUUUAUUCAAAAUAACGAUAAUAUUAAAAGUUUUAAAUUAGUAAUUUUAAAUUAGUAAUUUUGCAUUACCUGCUAAAAUGUUAGAGAAACUUUUUUGCUUUAGUAUGCAUAAAUGUUUCACCACAACUCUCUGGAUUGCUACUGUGUGCAUUUCUAUCUCUUUUCAUUUUUUCCAUGCUCCUCCCUGGUUGUUGUUUUUUGGGGUUUUUGGUUUGGUUUGGUUUUUUUCAGAGGUUCUUGUACUUUUUCUUAUCUGCUUGACUUUUCCCUUUGACCUGGAGUAUUAGUAAGCACUUUAGCACUUAUUAAAUACUUUGUGGUGAAUUUAGACAAACAAAUUAAGAUCUUGCAGUUCAAGAUAGUUCAGCUCAGUAGCUGGCUCGACUUGUACAGCAGUUCAGUACACUAUAAUAUAUAGACAGUCUUGGCACUGGCAGACCGUUCAUCAUCUGUAUGACAGUGGGUCAACGCUGCAAGCAAAACAGACCUGGCUACUUGCAUUCAAGAGUCUAAUAUUUUCCCCCCAGUAAGACUUGCAACCUGCAACCUGGUUCAGAUAGUCCAGACUUUAUAAUUCAUGAAAUUUUGUGUAUUGUGGUGGGCACAGCUAUUGUCUUGUAACUAUUUAUUUUCUUUAAAGGAUUUCGAGAUACUUUACACUUGAAGGGUACUUGGAGAAACCUAGGACACCUGUUAACUUGAGUCAAGCUGGAAUUCUGGUGAAAAGCUAAGCAUUUGCUUCCUGGCUGCUGGGAAAAGAUUCUGCUUUCAGUUGUUUAAUAUCUUCCAGGUUAUCAGAAAUGGCAAUUUGAAGAAUCAUCUUUCGAUAUGAACAAAGUAAAAACAUCAUCUGAAAAAAGCGUUUCUGCCAAUUCUCGGACUAUGUCCCUGCUGUCACAGUUGGAGAAGAUCAAUUUGGACUCUGUAUUAGGAGAAUCAGACAAUGCCAGAUAUGUUACCUCUAAGAUCCUUCAUCUGGUUCAGAGUCAAGAAAAAACCAGGAAGGAGAUGACUUCUAAGGGCUCCACUGGAAUAGAAGUUAUCCUGGCAACCCUAGAGAAUACAAAAGAUCCUCAAACUAUUCUAAAUAUAUUGAAUAUUCUCAUUGAGGUAAUCUCAGUUGGUGGCGGUCGGAGAGCAAGUGUCUUAGUUACCAAAGGAGGGACACAGAUCUUACUACAGCUGCUUUUGACUGCCAGCAAAGACUCUCCACCAAAUGAAGAAUUAAUGGUGCUUCUUCAUACUCUUCUUGCAAAAAUUGGUCCAAAAGACAAAAAGAUUGGCAUGAAAGCAAGAAUAAAUGGUGUCCUAAACAUACCAUUGACUUUAGUGAAGCAGAAUUUGCAGAACCACAGGCUAAUAUUGCCAUGUCUUCAAGUAUUAAGAGUUUACUCAACCAACUCUGUAAAUGCAGUAUCUUUGGGAAAGAAUGGAGUAGUAGAACUGAUGUUUAAGAUCAUUGGCCCUUUUAGUAAAAAGAACACUAGCCUUAUGAAGGUUGCUUUAGACACACUUGCUGCAUUGCUAAAAUCAAAAACAAAUGCCAGGAGAGCAGUAGACAGAGGAUAUGUGCAAGUGCUUUUAACGAUUUAUGUUGAUUGGCACCGUCAUGAUAGUCGUCACAGAUACAUGCUGAUACGUAAAGGAGUUCUGCAGUGCAUUAAAAGUGUUACAAACAUCAAACUGGGAAGAAAAGCAUUCAUUGAUGCCAAUGGGAUGAAAAUUCUUUACAACACUUCACAAGAGUGCCUUGCAGUAAGAACUCUUGAUCCUCUCGUCAACACAUCCAGCCUAAUAAUGAGAAAAUGUUUUCCUAAAAAUCGUCUUCCUUUACCAACUAUUAAAAGUGCUUUCCAUUUCCAACUCCCAAUUAUUCCUGCCAGCGGUCCUGUGGCUCAGCUGUACAGUUUGCCUCCUGGUGUGGAUGAUGUAGUGGAUGAAAGUGAUGAUAACGAUGAUGCUGAAACAGAAUCUGAAAUUGAAACUGAAAAUGAUGAUGAUAAAGACCAACAUUUUAAGAAUGAUGAUAUUGAGACUGAUAUUAAUAAACUGAAACCUAGACAGGAAUUGGGAAGACCCAUAGAAGAAUUGAAAAUGUAUGAGCAGUUUUUCCCAGAGCUUUCAGAAAACUUUCAGGAAUGGGACUUAGUUUCCAAGGAACCAAAGCCUUUUGUACCUGAUGCAAAUCUGAGUGGACCUAUUGUUGUUCCUACAGCCAGCGAGGAGCACUCUGCUGAAGCAAACCAGUCAACGAAAGGGGUUGCUUUGAAGGAAAGCAAUCCUUUUUUGAGAGAGGAAUAUAAUAGAAGGCCAGUCUUUCUGGAACUACCAAAGAAAGAUGGUAUGAAAGACAGUAGUUCACAUCACCAAAAUGAUCAAAGAAACAUACUUCCAUCAUGCCAGUGUCUAAGCCAAGAAAUUGUAAAAGGCUUAGACAGAAUCAGUCUGCAGAACAGUGCAAAAAAUGAUCAGUAUUAUGGUCCAGGGUGUGUAGUAAAGAAGGAAAGCAUAGCUAGCCUUACCACACUUGCUUGUGGUAAGCCUUGUGAACAUGUUUCACCCUGUGGAAGUAGCCUAUUUGAAGGAUCAUCUGUCCAGCUGGGAAAACUCUGCUGCACUGGAGUGGAUUCAGAGGAAGAGGAGGAUUCCAGAUCUAGUUCAUCAGGGGAACAAGUCAUGCUUGAGGUUUCCGAUGUAUCAUCAGUUCAUGACUGUGAUCUUUAUAUUGAAAUGGUAAAAAGCACAAAAUCUAUUCCGGAAUACUCAGAAGUGGCCUAUCCAGAUUAUUUUGGCCAUAUUCCACCCCCAUUUAAGGAACCUAUUCUGGAAAGGCCAUAUGGGGUGCAGAGGACAAAAAUCUCUCAAGAUAUUGAAAGGCUGAUUUAUCAAAAUGACAUUAUAGACAGAGUUGUGUAUGACCUUGAUAAUCUGAGUUGUUCCAUACCAGAGGAGGCAGAUGUUUUGAAGUUUAAUUCCAAAUUUGAAUCUGGAAACCUGCGCAAAGUUAUUCAGAUCAGAAAAAAUGAAUAUGAUCUAAUUCUGAACUCGGAUAUAAAUAGCAAUCAUUAUCAUCAGUGGUUUUACUUUGAAGUCAGUGGAAUGAAAACUGGCAUUGGUUACCGAUUUAACAUCAUCAACUGUGAAAAGUCAAACAGUCAGUUUAACUACGGUAUGCAGCCCCUCAUGUAUUCUGUUCAAGAAGCACUAAAUUCUCAACCAUGUUGGACUCGUGUUGGGACAGAUAUUUGUUACUAUAAGAAUCACUUUUCAAGAAGUUCAAUUGCUGCUGGAGGUCAGAAAGGAAAAUCCUAUUACACAAUUACGUUCACAGUGACUUUCCAACAUAAAGAUGAUGUGUGCUACUUUGCUUACCAUUAUCCAUAUACAUACUCAACUUUAAAGAUGCAUCUUCAGAAGCUGGAAUCUAUGCACAACCCUCAACAGAUAUAUUUUAGACAAGAUGUUCUCUGCAAGACCCUGGCUGGCAACAGUUGUCCAUUAAUCACUAUUACAGCCAUGCCAGAAUCCAGUUACUAUGAACAUGUCUGUCAGUUCAGGAAUCGUCCUUAUGUUUUCCUGUCUGCACGUGUACAUCCUGGAGAGACUAAUGCAAGCUGGGUUAUGAAGGGAACACUGGAAUACCUUAUGAGUAAUAGUCCAAAUGCCCAAUGUUUACGGGAAUCUUACAUUUUCAAAAUUAUUCCCAUGCUCAAUCCGGAUGGUGUCAUCAAUGGAAACCACCGUUGCUCUUUAAGUGGAGAAGAUUUAAACAGACAGUGGCAAAAUCCAAAUCCAGAUCUGCAUCCCACUAUUUACCAUGCUAAAGGGUUACUGCAAUAUCUGGCUGCUAUAAAACGUUUACCUUUGGUCUACUGUGAUUAUCAUGGUCAUUCUCGUAAAAAGAAUGUAUUUAUGUAUGGCUGCAGCAUCAAAGAGACAAUGUGGCAUACGAGUGUUAAUGCUGCCUCUUGUGACCUGAUGGAAGACCCUGGUUACAGGGCACUCCCCAAGAUCCUGAGUCAGAUUGCUCCAGCAUUCUGCAUGGGCAGCUGCAGCUUUGUAGUGGAAAAGUCCAAGGAAUCUACAGCACGGGUUGUUGUCUGGAGAGAGAUAGGAGUACAAAGGAGCUACACAAUGGAAAGCACGUUAUGUGGAUGUGACCAGGGCAAAUAUAAGGGAUUGCAGAUAGGGACAAGAGAACUGGAAGAGAUGGGAGCAAAAUUCUGUGUUGGCUUACUGCGUUUAAAAAGAAUGGCCUCAUCCUUGGAAUACAAUUUGCCUUCUAGUCUGUUGGAUAUUGAAAAUGAGCUGAUUGAGUCAAGCUGUAAAGUGACAAGCCCCACUACUUACAUUCUGGAUGAAGAUGAGCCUCGCUUCCUUGAAGAAGUUGAUUACAGCGCAGAGAGCAAUGACGAUCAAGAUGUUGAAUUAGCUGAUAAUGUGGGUGAUUAUGAAGCAACUAAUCAAGAUGAUGGACUUUCAGACUCAGAUUCAACAAGGAUACUCCUUUCUUGAACCAGCUUUGCCUCCAGUAAUAGGAAAUAAAGUAUCCUGGAUUUCCAUAGUCAGACACUUCCUUGCUGUUUUCUACAAAGGGGAUAAAGCUUCAGUUUAUGCAAAUAACUGAGGCCUGCCUAGCUCAAGGAUAAUAACUAUUUCUGACAAAUUUCCAUUUGUUUUAUUUAAGGAAUUCUGUGUUUUCUUUUAGCACUGAAUAGAUAAAUUUAUUUAUUAGUUCAUUUUUUACUAAAUAGUACUGCAUGGCAUUUUGUGUCCUUAAACCCUAUCUUAAGAAAAAUGGAUUAUAAUUUAUGCUGUGUCAGAGUACAGAAGGUAAUUUUUUGUGGUAUGGUUCUUUGAGUUGCUUCCUAAAAAAUACGUAUGUACAGAUUUUAUAAAUUAAUUUGUGUACUUGUGUGUAUAUGCGCGUGUGUAUACUGAGGUGAAGAGGUUAUUUUUCAACAUUAUUUCAAAGAUACUUGAUUGUGUUUGAAGCAAUGUAGUGCCUGCUCUGAAAACAUUCAAUAAUUACUAAAUUAAAAAUGAGAACUUGAUGUAUGAAUUUUCACACUUGUUUCUUGCUUCUGAUGAUUAUAUGGUUUUGCCACAGUAUUAGGUGAAAAUAUGUAAUAUCUUUUCAGAGUUCUGGAAUUUUGCACAGUGACCAAUGCAGCCUGUGCUUAGAAAAGCUAUAGACUCUUGUAUAAAACUUUCCCAUAGAAUAGGCAUGUUUAAUUUGAAGAAGUUUUCUCAUUAAGUGUACAUGACUGCAAGAAGAGGUUAGGUAUGUACACUAUGUAUGUUCAGCUACCCAGAUGCUCAAUUUUUCUUGUUGAAUAUGCACGUAGUUAAAAAGUAUUCAUUUUACUGGCGUCACAUAACUAUAUACCCAGUUCAAUUGCUUUAAUAGGGAAGGUGCAUUUUGGUUUAAACCUUUUUUGCCUGAUCACAGUGUAGUGUUAACUCUGCUCUGAGAAGGAGAUUGGACUGUAACUUCCUGAGGUCUCUUCCAGCCAGAAAAAUUAUUCUGUGAUUUUGUAUUUUUCAUGUUUAAAGUCAAACUGUCAAAUACGGAGUUGAUACUUCAUUCUCUCCUAUCGUCUGCUAAUUCUUACUGCUUCUUGCUUCUGCUUAAGAUCAGACCUAACAGAGAAAUGAAGUUGUACUCUGUUGUUUACAGAAUUGACAUGUUUUGCAAUGAAAAAUACUUUUCCAACAUUAUUUUUGAGUGACGUGACCCAGUUGUAGCAUUCAUUUUCUGCUGCAUGUGCAAGGGCUUUAAAAGCAUGAAGAAUAACAUUUCUAAGUUAUAGCAGGUUUUUAACUGAUGAGAACUUUGUGUAUGUUUACUCUUGCAAAUAAGUAUUUUGGAGGGGAAGGUUGCUUUUGAUAGAAGGAUUUAAAAAGGAUAAAAUUUAAGAGAAUUAACUGUAUCAAUGAUUUUGAGCCAGGAGACAGAUUUUCACCAGGAUCUGCUGUUUCAAAUGCAGCAUUGUUUGGUAAUGCCUGUCCAUACCACCCUGAUUCUGAAACUGGGGAAGGGUUUUAGAUCCCUUUUGAUACACUACUGUGUUUCUGUUUAAAGGCUUAAAUUUAUAUUAAUACACAUGCAAUAUUGAGAUGUACAGGUGGAAAAGAUGGAAAUAUUUACAUUCUUGUCCUUUUAUAAGUUUUUCUCUCUAGUAAAAAUUAUCUUUCCUUGUGUUCUGUGAACUACAUACUGUAAGAAAAUUCAUUUAAUACCCCAUUGAACAGGAGCUCUCUGCAUUGAAAGUAGAGGAAUUUGAAUUAUCCGUAAGUCAGUCCAAUGACAGCAGUUCAGAUUGGUCAUAUUGCCCUGUCAGUCUUAUACUAGUUAUCUAUAUAAAUAGGUUUUCAUCCUUAAGGGGUCCUACUUCAGUAGGAGUAGUAUUCAAAAAUAAAAUUAUUCAGAAAUAAUUUGACUUAAAUUUCAGGGAGUGCAGGGUGCCCAUGUUAGUUAACUCCAUUGUGCAUUUUUUCUUAGUUUUCAUUUGAAUUUGUGUUACCAAACACCAUUUUUAUACUACAAGCAAGACUAGAAAUAUACUUCAUCCAUUUAGAAAGACUUGUGGCUUGGUGGUACAAAAUCAUCUUUUCCUCCUCAGUAAAUACGCAUAUAUGUUCUUCUCAUGUUUUCUACAGCUUUUAGUCUGUGCAAAGAAAGAGUUAUGAAUGGCUUAUAUAACGUCUCAGGAUAAUGUGUUUAUACAUUAGAUUCUGAUGCAGUUAUGCAUUAGAAUUCACUUAUGCAUUAGAUGUCAGUCUGGCAGCUGCUGGUCUGAGCUUCUACCAGUGCAGUUCCAAUAAAAGAGGUGAAACUUUGUCCUUAUCUUACACAUUGCUGAAAAUGCAAAGGUUGUUACCUCUUACAUGUUUUGCGGCACUUGCCUUUCCAAAGAUAUAGUCUCAACUCGUACUUGCGGGGAUGCCAGUCCACGGGAAGAACUGCUGCAGUGAUAACUGCUUCACACUGUUUAUCCCUUCUCUGCUACAUGUUGCUAUUGUUGCAGCAGUGUUGGCAGACACAUGCUGGUGCCCGCAUAUAUGUGUUUUGGUGGGAAGUCUGGUGUUUAGCUGAAAAUGGAAUAGCUAACACUUAAGCACACACUCCAUUCUGCUGCUGUGGCAUUUACCCCAAAUAAAUGGGUAGAAUUACAGCAAAGAAUGGCAGCGUCUUGGACUGUCACAAAUCAGUCAUCUAGCAUGGUUUGUCCCAGACAAUUGUCUGUCUUUAUUCUAUGCACUGGCAUUUCAAUAGGUUUCUGUUUUUAAAUGAUGCUGUUUACUAUAAGUAUGACUGGUUCUGUAUAGGCAAAGAACAUAUCUGUAUAUCUUCCUCCAGUAAUAACAACAAAUAAGAUUAUAAACAAUAAUUAUAUCGGUGUUAUUUACUGUCUUGUUUCCAAAUAAUUGCUAUUUCUUUUCCAGGUGUAAUUCCAAUUGCAGCACAAAUUUUGGUAUUGUGUCUUCACUGGUGACAUCCCCUGGUGUAAUGUAGCUUACAGCAGUUUGUGCCAAAAUCUUGCCUGGUCAUUUUUCAAGGUGUAUUGUUUUAUCAGCCUGACUUACCAGGGAGAAUUGGUUUGAAUCCCAAGUAAGACUGCAGAAGCAGUAAACACUGCUCACAAAAUGCAAAAAUGCAAGGUUUCAGAUAGUUUCUUAUUGUAAUGCUAUGAUAGAUAUAAUUCUUGCAGUGUUAUGCAUGCCCCAAAUAACAAUACUUAUUAAUAAAAAUGCUUAAUAAAGAAUUAAAUACAA